UCACCAUAGCAACUGACGUCAUACGUAUUCUAACGGAGGCCAUUUUGUAAAGCGAGUGAUUAUCUACUGCGUUUGAGACAAUAUCUGUGUGUUUAAGUUGAUAUCAAUGUUGUUAGCACCCACGCGAAUAAGAAACAGGUAAUAUUUGUUUCCUGAAACGGCUGUUGUUACGAUUAAGCAUCAAAAUGAGUUACGGGAGGCCGCCACCAAGAAUAGAUGGCAUGAUUUCGUUGAAAGUGGGCAAUUUAACCUAUAGAACGACACCUGAAGAUUUAAGGCGAGUUUUUGAAAAAUUUGGAACGCUCGGGGAUAUUUAUAUCCCAAAAGACAGAUUUUCUAGAGAAAGUCGAGGUUUUGCAUUUGUGAGAUUCUAUGACAAGAGAGACGCAGAGGAUGCACUUGAUGCUAUGGAUGGACGUCUCUUGGAUGGUAGGGAGCUCAGAGUGCAGAUGGCACGUUAUGGAAGACCAUCAUCGCCAUAUCGUCGGCAUAGUCGCCGUAGCAGGAGGUCGAGAUCACGCUCCAGGCGCCGAUCCCGCUCAAGGAGCCGUUCGCGCUCACGAUCACGCUACUCUCGCUCAAGAUCCCGCCGUCGUUCAUACACAAGAUCUCGAUCACGCUCCAGAUCACGUUCUGAUAGCAAGAGUUCACGUGGCAAAUCACGCUCACGUAGCAAAUCUGCUCGCGACAGCAGGAGCAAAUCUCGAUCAAGAUCAAAGUGAAUAAUAGGUUACUUGCUGCAGUUGGAUUGUUUCUGCACAUUUUAGUGGAUUAGUGGUGGAAGCAGUCUUCUGCAAGGAAAGGUAUUGAUGAUUUGUCAUGAUGAAAGCGUUAAGUGUUUGUAACUGAAACUUUGAGUUUUCAUCUUCAAAAGAACUACAUAGAUAUAAAAAAAAGUUGAAUGGACAUGACUUUCUUUUUCUGGCUGAAGUUGUGGUGGUUAUUUGCUUGUCAUGGACAGAAAUGCUACAUAUGCAUUGAUUGUUGAGGCCCCCUUCAAUAUUUUACAUGCCAGAGCUGAAACUUUUGUUUUUAUCAAUUGGGAAACAGUUAAAUCACAAGAAAAGUUUUUCUGGUUAAAUCACAAGAAAAGUUUUUCUUAUAGGUUUCAUACAUAUUGUUAAAAAAUUUUAUUGUUCUGAGUAGGAAUGAAAUCUGAAUUGCCUGUAGUAAUGUAUCUCCUGUAGCAUUUUUAAAAAUGUUUUGAAUUUCUUAUUUGUAACAAUCUCACAGGAAUUGUGAAUUUAUUUGUGUAACUGGUAAAUGUUUGUGCAUUAAACAUUAAGCUACUUUGAUCAGUUAACAAAUUUUCCACUAUUGUCCCACCCUUUGUGUAAAUUAUAGGAAGUUAGUGUUAUUGUGUAAAAGUGCUUCAUUUCAUAAAUUUUCAGAUGGUAGGCGCUUAAGUAAAAUUCAUAUUUCCAAGGAAACAUUAAGAAAUAUCUUAUUUUUCAGAUUACUUCUAGUGCUUUUAGGAAUUUCAAAGCAUUUGUGUUCAGUGUAACAAAACAUGCUAUUUAAAUGUAGGUCUGAGUGACAGUAUAUAUAUACAUACAGUAGUUCUCUCAAGUUUUUCAUUUUUCUUUAUACAGCAUACUAUUCUGUAAUUUUUGUAACGUCCUGUAAUAACAGCAUAAGAGUUUUCAAUAUCACAUAAUCUGGAAUGUCAGUAUUAGUCUGAUUGUCACCUCUGUAUCACAUAACUUGAAUUUUUGUUUAAGGCAAGAGCAUGGAUUUGGAGGUUAAUACCUUACUGCAUUAAUACACUCAUUGUAUAAGAA